GUCGGUGAAUUCCUGAGUCUUCUUGUCCACCUUGACCGCUUCUGAGAAGUGCCUUGAGUCUUGCUGGCGCUCUCACUCAGCGCGCUCGCGUGCACUCGCCUGCAAUGUCGAUGAUGACAGCGGCACGCUUUGGGGAGAUCUUAUCUCAACGGCCCGGAAAAGAGAUGAUCCCCGAGUUCGAUGCCCCGAAAGAGUAUGUUGGCAAGUCCACGGUCACUGUGAAGAUUGAUGGAAAGGACGAAGUGGUGCAAAUGGAUCCCGACAAUGGCCCGAUGCUGUGGACACCCGAUGGAAGUCGACUCUAUACCUACAUCACCUAUUGCGACCCCUGCGUCAUGGGCGCCGGCUGCUCUCGUCAAGACAAGAGCUGGUCGCAUAUGACGUUCACGGAGCAGACCAUUCAAGUCCACAUGGUCGCCAAGUGCAACCGCCGUCGCAAGGAACUCUAUGGAGUUGUUUGAUGAAGGACAUCUUCACUUUUGAUGUGCUUUGACCAGCCCCCGGCUUUGGUGAAAAGAGUGGCGACCUCACACACCCGGCAGUGCACCUGGUUUGGGGGGGUGGAAACCCAUCACGCAGAAAGGCAAGGUGCACAAAUGAUCUCGGUGACCCUUCAGACAAACAAAGGAUGAAG